AUGAGAUUUGGAAGGAAAGGAAAGCUUGCUUCUAGAUACAUCAGUCCAUUUGAAGUGUUAGAGAAAGUUGGCAAGAUGGCUUAUAGACUUGCAUUACCAAUUAGUAUGGACCGGAUACAUAAUGUGUUCCAUGUUUCCUUGUUACGAAAGUAUAUUCAUGAUCCUUCUCACAUACUUCAAGCAGAAGAUGUGGAGCUAAAAGAUGACAUUACUUAUGAAGAAUGUCCAGUUCAGAUUCUGGAUAGCAAAAUUAAGGAACUCCGAAACAAGAAUGUACCGCUUGUUAAAGUAUUGUGGAGGAAUCAUAAUUUUGAAGAAGCAACAUGGGAGGUCGAGCAAAACAUGAAAGAAAUGUAUCCAGAUCUCUUCAACUAA